AUGAGAUGCCAUCUGCUCUCCAAGACCGUGCUUUUAGUCAACGUCUUCUGCUUACUGUGUUGCUGCGUUUUCUCUUCCGUUUCCGGGGAAGCGCUGUUUUCCGAGAAAUCGAUUUUGCUUGAGAUCAAGAGCUCAUUUCCAGACCUAUAUGGGGUUCUCUCCAGCUGGAGCUCAAACAGCUCCGACCACUACUGUUCGUGGCUCGGGGUCUCCUGCGACUCCAAAUCCAGGGUCGUCUCGCUCAGAAUCACGGGCAUUGAUGGAAAAGGAGGUAAUUUUCAAGCUCUUUCUUGCUCUGAGACUUUGAAACUUCAAUUUCCGUUUAAUGGGUUUGGGGUGUGGAGAACUAGUUCACGUAGUAGUGGAAAUUUAGCUGGAAAGCUUUCACCUUGGGUUGGAAAGCUCACUGAGCUUAGAGUUUUAUCGCUGCCUUACAAUGAACUUAAUGGCGAAAUUCCUAAGGUAGUUUGGGGUUUAGAGAAGCUUGAAGUGCUUGAUCUUGAGGGAAAUUUGUUGACCGGGAAGUUGCCAAACCUGUUCUCGGGUUUGAGAAAGUUGAGGGUUUUGAAUAUUGGGUUUAAUAGAAUUGGCGGCGAGGUUCCUUUUUCGCUUUCCAGAUGCAUGAAUUUGGAGGUUCUGCAUUUAGCUGGUAAUGAAGUGAGUGGAACCAUUCCUGGCUUCUUUGGUAGUUUUCCAAAGCUGCGAGGGCUUUAUUUGUCUCAAAAUAGGUUAAAUGGGUCUAUACCAUCUAAAUUUGGACAUAAUUGUCGGAAUCUUGAAGAGCUUGAUGUGUCAGGGAAUUCCCUUGUUGGAAGUAUUCCAGGUAGUUUGGGAAAUUGUGGGCGGUUACAGACUCUUUUGUUGUUUUCGAAUAUGUUGGAUGGUGUCAUUCCCCGAGAACUUGGUUGGAUUCAAAGGCUUGAAGUUCUAGAUGUUUCUAGGAAUAGCCUUAGCGGUCCAAUCCCCUCUGAGCUCGGACAGUGUGUCAAUUUGUCUAUCCUUGUCCUAUCAACUCGUUUUAAUCCGUUGACAUCCCAUCAGAAUACCAAUGAAGAUUCAUCAGUUGAAAGAUCUAGUGGUCGGGAGGACGAUUACAAUUACUAUGAAGGCUCCAUUCCGGAGGAAAUUACAACCCUGCCAAAUUUGAAAAUAGUUUGGGCACCAAGGGCAACCCUUGAAGGCAAGCUUCCAAGCAAUUGGGGCGGUUGUGAGAACUUGGAAAUGGUGAACUUAGCUCAGAACCUUUUCAGUGGAGAAGUUGUUGGAGUAUUUGAAAGAUGCAAGAAGCUGCAUUAUCUGAAUUUGGGCUCAAAUAAGCUGAGUGGGAAGAUUGAUGAGAAGCUUCCAGUUCCUUGUAUGACCGUUUUCAAUGUUAGUGGGAACCUCAUGUCUGGACCUAUCCCCGAGUUUAGUUACAGAGUGUGUCCCCAGGUGCCCCCGAAUUCAGAUCUUGUCCGAGUCCACAAUCCAUCAGUUGCAUAUAAAUUGCUCUUUGCUUGCAGAACUCAGCUUGACACCCAUUUACCACUUUUUGGUGCUAGUUUCACAAUGAUUCACGAUUUUAGUGGUAACAACUUCAUUGGUCCAAUCCAACACCUCCCUGUUGCAUCGGAGGGAUUGGGAAAGCGGGCUGUUUAUGCAUUUCUUGCUGGUGGGAACAAACUCACUGGAUCAUUUCCUGAAAGCUUACUAGGACAAUGUGAUGGAUUACAUGGAAUGAUUAUCAAUGUUAGCAACAAUAAGAUAUCAGGUCGCAUUCCUUUUAAGGUUGGAGUGAUGUGCAGAUAUCUUAGAUUCCUGGAUGUCUCUGAUAAUCUAUUAUCUGGGUCAAUACCUCCAGAUCUUGGGGAUUGGAAAUCUCUUGUCUUUCUUGACUUGAGCAGGAACCGGUUGCAGGGUCAAAUUCCUGAGGAUAUCAGUCAUUUGAAGUAUCUUAAGUAUCUGUCUCUGGCUAAUAACAACCUUACUGGUGCAAUUCCUGCUAGUUUUGUGAGGUUACAAUCCCUUGAAGUGUUAAAACUAUCUUCAAAUUCUCUUUCUGGUGAUAUUCCACAAGGUCUUGUGAACUUGAAAAACAUAACUGUUUUUCUGCUUGACGACAAUAAACUCUCUGGACACAUCCCUUCAGGAAUGACUAAGGCAAGAUCACUAUCUACAUUUAAUGCAUCCUUCAAUAACCUGUCUGGUUCAUUUCCAUUUAACAAUAGUGUGAUGAACUGUAGCGGUGUCCUUGGAAACCCUUUCCUUAAUCCAUGCCGUGUUGUUUCGCUCACUGCUCCAUCAACAGAUCAACCAGAUAGCUCAGGGAAUUCACAAUAUCACCCUGAUUCUUCAUCAGAAACUGUUGGUGACGUGGACAAUAGUGGAUUAAACUCAAUUGAGAUUGCAUCUAUAGUAUCUGCAUCAGCUGUUGUUUUGGUUUUGCUCUCUCUUGUUAUCCUUUUCUUUUACACUAGAAAAUGGAUACCAGAUUCCAGGGUUCAAGGUUUUGAAUAUAAAGAAAUGACAGUUUUUACAGACAUUGGGGCUCCAUUGACGUUUGAGAAUAUUGUUCAAGCAACAGCGAAUUUUAAUGCCAGCAACUACAUCGGGAGUGGAGGAUUUGGGGCCACUUACAAAGCCGAAAUCGGUCCUGGAACCAUUGUAGCUGUAAAGAGGCUUGCUGUUGGAAGGUUUCAUGGUGUUCAACAGUUCCAUGCUGAGAUUAAGACCCUUGGAAGGGUGAGACACCCCAACCUGGUGACUUUAAUAGGUUACCAUGCCAGUGAAACUGAGAUGUUACUCAUAUAUAAUUAUUUACCAGGAGGCAAUUUGGAAAAUUUUAUUAAGGAAAGAUCUAGAAGACCUUUUAAUUGGAAUAUUCUCCACAAGAUUGCUCUGGAUAUAGCCCAUGCACUUGCUUAUCUGCAUGAUGAGUGUAUUCCGCGUGUCCUGCACCGUGAUGUCAAGCCAAGUAAUAUACUGUUAGAUGAUGAGUACAAUGCCUAUUUGUCUGACUUUGGAUUAUCUAGGCUUUUGGGAACUUCUGAAACACAUGCAACAACUGGUGUGGCAGGGACUUUUGGUUACGUAGCACCAGAGUAUGCUAUGACUUGUCGUGUGUCUGAAAAGGCUGAUGUUUACAGUUAUGGUGUCGUGCUGCUUGAAUUGAUUUCGGAUAAAGAAGCCUUGGACCCUUCAUUUUCUUCACAUGGCCAUGGUUUCAACAUUGUUUCUUGGGCAUGCAUGCUGUUACGAUUGGGUCGGGCUAAGGAGGUCUUCAUGGAAGGGCUAUGGGAUGCCGGACCCCAGGAUGAUCUGGUAGAGAUGCUGUACUUGGCUGUAACGUGCACAGUUGAGACCCUCUCCAUUAGGCCUACAAUGAAGCAAGUUGUCCGAAGGUUGAAGCGAAUCCAACCUAUUUCAGGCUAG